ACCGACAAUACGCAUUUGUUUUUCUAGAAUUAUAAAGAAAUGUAAAAAUGAUUCCGAAAAUAUUGUAUGUUUUUAGUUUACUGAGUUUGGUUUUUGGAAAUGAAAACAGUUGUCUUUAUUAUGAUUCGUACCAUGGAGAACCCAUAACAGAAGAAGAGUAUCAACAACGUGUGGUAGAAAACACAACUUUCUGGUGCACGAAUGUACUCAGUACUUGCAAUCCCGAUGAAUGGAGGCGUAUUGAUGGCUCGUGCAACAACCUGUGUCAUCCCAAUAGGGGGAUGCCACACACACCUACUCUGAGACUGCUACCGGCCUCUUUUUCGGGGAACGUUGAAGAAGGUUUCCAGAUCAGAGAUUCCAAAUCAGGCGACCCUCUGCCGGACGAGCGUCCGCUGCGCACGAGUCUGCUUCCAGAAGCACGCGUCCCUGACCAGGUGUUCACCCAGCUGGUCGCCCAUUAUCUGUUGUUCUCAGUAUCAGAUACACUUUCCAUUCAUGACAGUAUUAACUUCGUACGUUGGAAGCCAUAUUGCUGCCUGCCUCAGGGUAAGAAGGACAGAGACUGUGUGCAAGUUAAAAUACCAAAUGAUGAUCCUGUACAUCGGUUUAGUCAUCUCCGUUGUAUGAAAAUAACCAGACCUCUCAGUUACCAGUCUGAAGGCUGCUUGCAGAACGAUACUGUUCCAGAAAGGAUAAUAUCAGCAACACCCUCUUUAGAUUUGUCCGGCCUAUACGGAGCAGAUCCUGCCAAGCUUGCUAAGAAAGGAAGGCUAUUCAAAAAUGGUCUUCUCCAAUAUGAGCUGAUAAACGGAAAAAUGUGGCCACCUAACGUCAAGUCAAACGACACCCUUUGUAUCCUAAAUGAACCACCUGCUGAAACCAGAUGCCAUGCCACUCCUGAAGACGCACUCAACAGUCUCCCCGGUAUAAACUUAUUUGGGAUUUGGUUCUGGCGCUUGCACAACUACAUAGCCUCUGAGCUGGCUAAGGUCAACCCCUGCUGGAACGAUGACAAGCUGUUCUACACCGCAAGGGACAUCAACAUUGCUAUUUCACUCCAAAUAUAUUUCUACGAAUUGAUGCCUUCGCUUAUGGGUGUCACUAACUUGCUACGAGCGGGAGUAUUAUCUCCACACCCUGGGUUCAGAGAUGUGUAUAACCCACAACAUUUUCCUCAAAUAUCGGCUGAAUUCGCAUACGCCCUCCGAUGGUUCCACAUUAUUCAAGAAAACGAACAGAAAAUGUACGACACUAAAGGAAACUACCUGAAAUCAAUGCCACUGACGAAUUUAACCUUGAGAACAGGAUAUCUGGCUAUAGAUAACAAUUUGGACCACAUCACACAAGGCGCCUUCCGUCAACCAGGUGGAAGAUUCGAAAGUUCAGUUGAUCCCGAUAUAGCUGAAAUUGGUCUUAGUCGAGCUACAGAAGGAACGGACAUACCAACCUUUGACUUGGUGAAAAACCGAUACUUUGGUUUAGGGCCGUAUGUCAAGUACUUGGCGCUCUGCAGUGGAAGAAAAUUCAAAAAAUUUGAUGACCUGGUUGGCUACAUAAAACCUGAGAGGUUAGACAUAAUCAAAGACAAAUACAAGAACGUUGAAGACAUCGACCUCAUGGCUGGCCUGUGGACAGAAUUACCAGCAGAGGGUAGUUUUCUUCCAAAGACCUUACAAUGUAUCAUGGAGGAGCAAUUUAUCAGGUUCAUAGUAUCUGACAGGCAUUGGUUUGAGAGGCCAAAUAGACCACAUGCAUUUACUCUAAAACAAUUACUGGAAAUACGAAAAUCUACGAUAUCCCGCUUGUUAUGUGAUGUUGGAGAUAAAGUGACUGAGAUACAGCCUUAUGGGUUCAUUAGACCUGGACCUGGGAAUAAAAUUUCCAGCUGCGAUCGUAUCCCCAAAAUAGAUUUCCGAGCGUGGAAGGAUCGCUCUUGUGUCAGCUCUAACUAUGCGGGGAACCCUUAUGCACGGGAUGAGCUAUCAGAAUGAUAUUUUGUGACCACCCCCAAAUAUAAAGA